AUGCAAUCAGUUUCAAUUGUGAGUAAGUCAAAGACUCGACGGUUAUCCAAACUGGAACUAUCACUUCAACCAAAACCAUUUUCCUACAAACUCACGGAAUCGAAACGUAAAUCACUCCGUCAAAGCACCUAUCAGAAGUUAAUUUGGAGAGAAAAAGGCAGCAUAACAGAAGUGCUUGCUAAGAAAAGAUUCGGAUUGCUUACAGUUCAGCCUUAUUGCAUCUUAGAGUCAAAUAGUACCAAUGACGAGCUAAUUUGCCCACCGGCUGAAAUUUGCACGUACGUGAUGAGUCUCAGCGAAGGAGUUAUUAACAGUGAGCGUAUUUUAAUACGUCACGAUUAUCCCGUCGAUCAUCAAUCUUAUCAGUUUUUUCGAAUUUCAGAAAAUGGCUUUACUGAAUUAGCACAAACACCAAAUCAUUUAAAUGUCCAUCAGGCAUGUAUUCGUAUAGCAAACGAAAUGAGAGGAUGCUGGGCAAAUUUGAUCUUAGUACCUGCAUCACAAUAUCAAAAUUUGGCAGCAAGUUUAAUCUGGAUUAAACAAAAACGUGACAGUUCCCUAAAAAGAGAUACGACAUCAAUUCGUGCGGAACGUCUAAUAUGCAUGGAAGAUAUGAUAACCGUUAUUGCGCAUAUCUUCGAGACGGAUGUUGAUGAUAGUUCACGUUGGGAACAGCAUAUUUCGUCUAAUUUGCAUUAUGCAUGCGAUUUGCACUCUGAUAUCCCUAAUAAAUGUCCAGUGGUUGUCGGAAAGUCUGCAUGGUAUGUCAGGGUCAAGAUAAGAUCAGCAAUUGUAGAGAUAAGAUCAUCAAUUGUUUCGAUGAUACCUUUGACAUUUAUGAGUUCAUAUGUAAAGGUGAAAGAUUUGCAUGCAAAAAUUCAUCAUUAA